GAGUGAGUGGGGCUGCAACGAACAACUGAAGCACGUGGAGCCAUGCCGACAUUCUGACUCUCCUUCAGUAGUGCAUUCACUGCCUUUUCGAAUACUUGACCGAAAAACAAUUCACAAAUUCUAAACCUUUCAAAAGAAAAAAUUAUUCAAAAAAGAAAAAUUGAAAGAAAAAUUGAUAGAAAAAUGUGAAAAAUAGAAAGAGAAAAAAAACAAUAUGUGAUAAAUUGUAAUCAAUAACAAAAAAAAAAAUUGCUCUUGUGGUGAUGAAAAAGAGCAUAUCGGAAAUGAACGAAAUUUUCGGGAAAUUUUUAAUUUAUUUAAUUUUUAUUAACAUAGUGUCAGUGUAUUCAAAUCAUGAGCAUCAUGGUGGUUACAAUCAUAGGAAUGGUUGGCCAAUUAGGCACAGUGUACAAUCGCACAAUCGACAUAAUCAUGAGAAUAAUGGUCAGUGGGGUCAGGCGAUGAGAAAUCAUUUUCAGGAGACCACGAGAAAUCCAAUGAGUCAAGAGGUCAUCGGUAAGGAUGAUUUCAAGGACAUCGAAGAACGUCUCGAGAAUAAUAAUAAUAACAAUAUACGUCAUCACGUGGGUCAUCGUAUUAUUAACGAUAUCGAUCAACGAACAACAUUUAGAACGGAUAAAUUCAGUGCAAUGAUCAAUCAAUAUAGUAGUGGAAAUCAGGCACUGGCCUACGCUACUUUCCAUGAUAAUUAUCGUCCGAGAGAAAACAAUCCACCGGUAUAUCUUCACGUGACGACGACAACGACGCCGAGUACGUACAACAAACAUCAUUCUGGGAGAAGAGUUUGUACCAGAACGAUGCCGAGUUCCGUUUCUCAUCAUCACAGAGGGAGGCAAAUCAGACUCGUUUACACCGAUUUUACAUCGGGAUUUCUCUGCUGUCCAGGUUGGACCCAGGUUACGAGAUUGAGCUACGGUUGCAAUAAACCGACUUGCACAGAGCCAUGUCAAAACGGUGGAGUCUGUACAUCUCCAGGGACUUGCACGUGCCCUAAGGGAUUCACUGGUAACCAAUGCCAGACAGACAUAGACGAAUGCUUGACGGAGAAACCUUGCGCUCAAUUUUGUAGAAAUCUUCCCGGAAAAUAUGAGUGCUACUGCCGCUAUGGCUUUCAAUUGCAGACUGACGGGCAAUCGUGUAGAAAAAAUGACAGUGAUGGAAGUGCCCUUGAAGCUCACGACUUGGAAAAUGGUUUCGAAACGGAAACAACAACUCGUUCGAAUUUUCGAGACACUGAAAAUGAAGUUGGUGACAAUGAAGAUGAACGAGAUUAUGAAGUCAUUUUGAAGCGACUCACUAAACUCGAAAAGCAAUUCGCCAGAGGCAAGAAGAGAGAAACAGAGUCCACUGAUAUGAACGUAAAAUUAUCAUCGGCAGUCGAAAGCAUCAAUGAAAUAAAGCGAGCCGUCGAGAAUGUGCAAUUAAUGCAACAGGAAAUAUACGACAUGAGAAGUAAAUUGAAGCAAUUUGAAUUUGAAACAAGAAGAAUACAACAUUUAUCCAAUCGUGUUAUAGACUUGGAAAAUAGAUUGCGUUUACGCUGCAGAUCCUAAAUAAUAAAAUUCUACUGCGGUCAAUUAGAGGAUGAACCAAAUGGAAGAAAAAAAAAGACUCAUGUCACUGCCAUUUUUUUUUGCAUUUACUUCAUAUUUAAUAAUAGCUAUUAAAAAUUGUAUUUUUAUCCGCCGGUAUAUUUACAUUAAUGUUUGUAAUAAAAGACGUGUAUUUUAACAAAAAAAAAAAAAA